AGCCGGGGAUUAGUGAGAGAGAGAGAGAGAGCACAGAUUGAAAAUGAACACCAUCACGCCUGGGAGGAUUAUUCAGGACUUGGACAAAUAAGACGUUUUAAUUGUACAAGAUCUGCGAAAGGAGUUUGAAAAGAAGCGAAGGCCGACCUGGUGCAUCUCUAAAGGCUUCAAAUUUAACUGCACAACCACUGAUUUUUUAAAGGAUGGUUCAUAAAUUCUACCGAUAUCAACGAAGUGUUUGAUCCAGAGCAUUGAAAUAUUUACCAUUUUCCCUUUUGUAUCAAUGGUUUCCGAUUGGUAGACUGAAAGCAAGAAAUAUCGUUUCCAAAACUAGAAAGACGUGUACGAUAUGGAUGUAACAACUACUGCCGAGGUUCGAGUCCGGAAUAGCCUCCCCAUAACAUCGGAGACGAUCGUCUUUGGAUUCCGACUGUGGCACAUAGUGGCCAUCGUUUUAGCAGGAUUACUGGCGCUCAUUGUCCUAUGCUGUUGCUGCAUGGACUGCAGAAUACCCAGAACUAAAGCAGAGAUAGAGGCAGACCACAAGAAGAAGAAAAUGAAAAAGAAAAUGGCGCCUACACUAGUCCCUACACAAAGACGUCCAGAGAGCGGUAUAUCCGGCUCCACCAACAGCUCAUACAUGAGUCAGCUCAACCCGACCAUGUUGACCAUGGACCCCAGGGCCGCCAGGGGGAGACUCUGUCACGGACCAGUGAUUCCACUUCCAGAUCCCUCGCAUAGUGGUGAGCCGGGUGGGCUCCAGCACUCGGCCUCCGAGACCAGUGUGGCGUCCACUUCAGUUUCUGCCACCAGGUUCUAGAAAUUUGACAAAGUUCUAAAAUAUUUCUAUUUCAAAUCGUUCUAUUAUUAUUCUGCGGAAACCUUAGUUUUUUUUUUUUUUCGACAAAGACAUUGCAUGGAAUGCGUAUAGAUCAGAUAGAAUUCAGUGGCCGAUUUAGAGGGGG